AUGCAGAUAUUCAUGAGAAAUGUCGCUUUCAAAGUGAAAGAAGACGAUCUCAAACUCGCACUGGCCAACAUCAUCCACCGUCCACCAUUCCCCCUCGAGACGAAGACCAAUUUCCAUGUCGAGUUAUUUCGACAGCCAAGGAGCAACAUUCACCGAGGCAUAGGGCUGUUGACGCUUCCCAGUGCAGACAUCGGCGAGCAUUUUUUGGCUACGAUGCAUCGCCUCCCACUUUCCCUCCAGGGGAGGCAAAUCCAUUUCUGCAAGAGCACAAGAACACCUAAUCAACCGCUCAUCAUCAAGGUAGCGACCUCUGAAUGGGAAGAUCCCAUUCAGUUACAGCGGCAAAGGCAGCUGACCCGCGAUAAUUCUGCCCCGAUCACCUUAUCCGCCUUCUCGUUCGGUCGAUUUUGCAGAGAUGGCGUGUUUUCCCCAGAGGUCGAUAUGCAAGGGCGUGUAUCUCAGGUCAUAUGUGAUUUUGAUACACGUCAACUGCAGUUGACAGUCCGCCAUCCUGGGUUUACAUGCAUUGUGCACUACAACGCUUCGUCCGUCGCUGCGUUGGCCAAUCCCCCAGGGACUCUAGGUGUGUUCAUUGAAGCGGAAAACCCUCCCAUCUUCAGUCGUCAAGCAUUGUCGGAAGAGGAGCGGCCGCAACGACUCUCCUCCGUGAAUGGGCUCCAAGAAAUGCCGCCGGUCGCUAGAGCCAUCCAUCUAUUAUUUCGGUCUAAUUACGAAUUGCAAACGUUUAAAGGUCGAUGUGUCAUGCUUCAUAUAACUAGGCCCAUCCCUCGAUACAUCCCGAUUGAACCCCGCAAUCUCUAUGAAAGGCAGAAAAGGACGGCCCUUAACACAUUACUCGGCCAGAUCUCAUUCCCCCUCGCUUUCGAAAUAGAAAAGGCGAUCUACAAUGGGGCCUUAGACCCAACGGAAGUUAUUGAAGGUUUGGGGGAUGGGAUCCUGGUGCUGAAUGGCGAGCACAAUACCGACGCUGGUCCAAUUUUUAAUUCCUUCGUCAUGUCUUUAGGGAACCCCGGAAUAGAAAUGGUACCCAUUGCGCGUCGCCCUCGCAGAAACCGACGGCAACGGGGAAAAAAGAAGCAAGUUGCCGGAGACCAAGAAGCAGUAAAAGAAACACUUGCCCAAAGAUUAGCGGCAGAGACCGAGGCGUACAUUGCCAGACAAUACCAACCUCGUGGACGCUUGUCGGUCACUCCUGUGUCUGCAGGAAUCUAUCAAUGCUACCACGUUAUCAUCACUCCCACUAGCAAGGUCCUUGAAGGCCCUCUACCCGAUCAAUCGAAUAGCGUGCUUCGCCGGUUUGGAAACCACGAGUGCUUUCUACGAGUGUCUUUUCAGGAUGAGAUUCGUGCGAAGCCCAGGCGAGAUCCCAGUCUAUUGAUCGAUGAUCUGCUAGAGCUUCAUUACAAACCAUUCCUAGUAGAGGGAAUCGAGGUCGCUGGCCAACACUAUGAAUUCCUAGGUUACUCUAUGAGUGGGCUCAAAGAAUACGGAUUUUCGUUCGUCCGUAAAUUCGAGUUUCAAGGAGCGCCCAUGGAUGCCCAGGAGAUCAGAGAGGAACUGGGUGACUUCUCACAUAUUCUGCAUCGUCCUGCACUUCUGGGUGCUCGCUGGGCCCAGGCGUUCUCUUCCUCCGAUCCAUCGGUUGUUCUGGAGCCUGAAGAAAUUCAACGCAUUCCCGAUCGUAAGUCGGCGACUGACUCUUUGUUUACGGAUGGUUGCGGCACCAUAUCUCCUGCGCUCUGUCGCGCCGCUUGGAGGGAGUCGCAGAAGGGCAGACGGCGUUCGUCAAAACUGCGAAAUAUUCCCUCUGCCCUCCAAUUUCGACUCGGUGGGGCCAAGGGGAUUCUCGUACAAGACCCCAGGCUGACUGGUAGAGUUGUUUGCCUGCGCCCUUCGCAAAUUAAGUUCGAGGGUUCGAUGCGUUCUUUGGAUAUAUCAACGACAUCCGCGCGUCCGAUAGCCGUUUAUCUGAAUAGAGCCAUGAUCGCCUUAUUGGAGCACCACAAAGUUGAUGUGGAUUAUAUCUUCGAGCUACAGCAGACGGCCGUUGAAGAAGUUCAAUCUAUCAAGGAUUCCCUCUCCUUCGCAUCCGCCCUUUUCAAUCAACAUGGUUUGGGAGCGUCCUUCAAAUUACCCUCUCUUUUCAGCAAUAUCUACAAUAUCCUCAAUCUGGAUAUCCAUCAUGACCACGGCCUCAACCAUCAGCUCAUCAUAACUUGCCUUCAUUAUGCUAUCGUUCAUCUUCUUCGGGAUAUCAAGCAUCGAGCUCACAUUCUCGUGCCGGGGUCGUACACCCUCAUAGGAGUGUCUGAUGAAUGGGAUUGCUUGGAGGAAGGGGAGAUCUACGCUACCAUUUACGAUGAGCGUCGCGGCAUAGAGGACCUGCCAAUCGUUGGGAAUGUUCUCAUUACCAGGAGCCCCCAGAUCCACCCUGGUGAUCUACAAAUGGUGACGGCAGUAAGGCGAUCACGAUUAGCACAUCUGAGGAAUGUCGUCGUCUUCUCAUGCAAAGGCAACCGAAGCCUCCCAUCUAUGCUUGGAGGGGGCGACCUUGAUGGUGACAUUUAUAAUUUGAUAGUAGACCCGAACCUACACCCCCCAAGUGGGCGGACUGCCACGGCCGGGGCUUAUAUUGGAUUGGACAAGAAAGAAACUGACCACCCAUGUACAGUAAGCGAUGUCGCUGAUUUCAUUAUCGAUUUCAUCAAGGCGGAUGUGUUGGGCCAAAUAUCCAUUCUUCACCUUCGCAUUGCUGAUAUUGACGGCAUCGACUGCGAAAAAUGUCUCCUUCUGGCGGAGAAAGCAUCCCACGCCGUAGACUUUCCGAAGACUGGGACUCCGGUUGAUUUAAAAUCACUGCCUCGACCUCCUGAUGGUCUCAAGCCCGACUUUCUCUCUGGAGAGGGUGUCAAUCCCGAGGCCAGAAAUUACUACCUUAGCUCCAAGUUGCUAGGCCGGCUAUACAGGAACGUACCAAAGGAACAGUACCAUCCUAAUAAGGAUAAGAUGCAUGUUACAGACGGUGAAAGAAUUGUGAAUGCCAUCAGGGGUUUGAGUCUUGUGGGGCUCGGUUUACAACCUAUAGAUGUCCUUCCGAACGAGGACGUUAUCGGUGAAAUGCAAGACAUUCUGGAGGAAUACUCAACGCAGCUUCAUACAAUCGCCAAGGCCCAUUGUACGUCUAAACGGCCUUCCGAUAGCCUUUCAGAAGCCGAGCUGGUCAGUGGAACGAUUCAGGCUAAAUGGGCGGAUCAUCGCCGACGACGCGAGGCUGUGGCAGCUAUGAAUCUACAAACGCAAGACCUUACCACAGCUAUCCGUCGUGAGCUCCGAGGGCCACCACCCCCGCGCCCUACUGACGGAAACACCGUGGCUGAAGACGAUUCCGAUGAAGAAGAUUACGAGGACUGGACAUUCCAUGAAAACUUCGACGAUCAUGACGGUUUCUUCUACGAUCAAGAAUGGCAUAGCCAGACGUUCACCAGAGCGCACGCAGCAUUCAUCGUCUCCCAAGAAGCGCUAGACGAUGAUCAUUUUGCCUUUGGUCCAUCUUCCUUCGGUCUGAUAGCCCUUGGCGUCAUGCUCGACAUCGUAAAGGCCAGGCGGAAAGCCUUUAUAACGUAG